AUGAAUCUCUCCAACGACGACCACUACUCCCACAGACUCUCCUCCUUCCUCCACCACCACCCGCUCACUCACAACAUGAUUCACAACCCCCACCAUCCGUCUCGAACCCACCUUAUUUGCGACGUUUGCCGUGAAACCAUCCACAGCAGUUUCUACCAAUGCAAAGACUGCCACUUCUAUGUUCACUCAUUUUGCACUCGCCUUCCCAACAGCCUCCGCCACGUCAAAGACCCCGACCAUAAGCUCCGCCUCUACAAGCCCUCCUAUGGCCACUGUUCUAUCUGUAAAGUCAAUAUCUAUCUCAAUUGCCUUCGAACAUCGAGAGCCUGCCCGACUUCAUGUUCACGUGGGAUACACCACCAUGCACCUCCACCCUGGUCGAUGGGGCCGCCAUCCCAACCGGAUCAUUUUCAUGGUUGGGGAUAUCCGGAUUACAAUAGUCAUGUUCAGUUUGGAUACAACAACAACAAUAAUCAUCAGCAUCAUCAUCAGAUGAAUCAUGGUAAUACGUCGUCGACCUUGGGAUCGGUGUUGGGGAGUACAAUGUUAUCUCUUGUUCAGAGUUUGGCAUUUGGUGCUCUCAAUGAUUUUAUUUUCGGUUAA